AUGGGAUCAAUACAAAUACUCACCCAUAUUAGUCUUGGCCACGCCCCAAACGCUAGGUUUGGUACUUUGGUUUAUACCAAAGCCAUAAUAAGUGAAGCCGAAGAAACUAAUCUAGCUAUAGAACCAUAUAUAACCGAAGAUAUUGACACAAAUGAUAAUGUGGAAGCAACAUAUGAAAGUGAAAAAAUAAAUAAUAUCGGUGGGAAAUUGAAUUUGACGAAGAUGAUGUCAAUGAUGAAAGGAUACUGGGAAAGAGAUGACACAAUUACAAAUCCUAAAACAAAUGAGCCUUUUCGGAAGAUAUAUGUAUGCAACAAAGAAGGCUUCAAAAGGAUGGACAAAGAUGCUUCAAGUGAAAAUGAGAAAAAACGUCGUAGAGAUGUUAGAAUCGUAUGUCAAGCAAAGCUUCGAAUAACAAGACAGGAUGAUGGGAAAUGCAAUUUUCAUCGUUCAAUAGAAGGUAAAUCUCUGAUGGUGCAAUUUGGUCAAGCAGGGUUGAAACCUUCUCAGAUUAAAAAGGUUGUUAAUACACUGAAAACCUCAAAUGUAGCUGAUGUAACUUCAAAGCAAUGUGUCGAUGUUUUAUCUGAGCAUCAAAAAGAACAUAGAGGAAAGGAGUUUUAUGGACUUAUAAAACAUUUUCAAGAUAAAACAUUAGUGGACAAUGACCAGUAUUUUGUCGUGGAUUUUUCUAAUGAUAGGUAUCCUAUAAAUAUCUUUUGGGUUGAUGGUAGAUCAAGAGAUGCAUAUACAAAAUUCAAAGAUGUUGUUGUGUUUGAUGUCAGUUAUAUGACUAACAAAUUCAAGAUGCCUUUUGGUCCCUUUACUGGGGUGAAUCAUCAUGGACAGUCUAUACUUUUUGGUGGAGCAUUGCUUGAAAACGAAAAGGAAGAGACAUUUGAAUGGUUAUUUGAGCAUUUCCUCAAAUGUAUGUUUGUCAAGUAUCUAAAGGCAAAUAUUACCGAUCAAGACAAAGCUAUGGGCAAUGCAAUAAAAAAGCGUUUCCAAAUACUCGACAUCGCUUUUGUUCAUGGCAUAUCAGGAAGCAUGAAACUGAGCACCUUCGAUCGUAUGUUUCCCGUUACAGUGAUUUUCAAGAUACGCACAGACAAUGGAUAA